AUGGAUCACAGUAAUGCUAACGUAAAACCAGAGAAACAAGAUCUUGCCAUUUCUGAUAACAGCAGUCUCAAUGAAAAAAAAAAAAUCAACAUCUCUGAACAAUUACAAUUUAUCUCACAGCAGUUAGAUCAAUUAACCCACACAUCUACCAACAACACUAGUGACAGCAGCAAUAUUACUGGUAUUGAUACUACUACUAAUAACACCAACAAUAAUUCCAAGGAAACUUCAGAUUUUAAUUCCAAAAGAAUACCCAUAAACAUUUCACAGGAUAAUAUUAAAAAUAAUAAGGAAAAGAUUAACAUACGAUUCAGUCCCAUAGGUGGGUCUAUUAAACAGAUAAAUACCAAGAUGAUCAUAGCUUCUUACCAGCCAUUCUCAACAAUAAUACAAUACAUUAAAAAAAGGUUGAAUUUACCGCAUGUUUAUUUAUACAUAAACAAUUCAUUUGCUCCUUCAGGUCAACAAUUAGUUGGUGAACUAUACGAGCAGUUUGGAAUCGGUGAUGAAUUGUGUGUAAGUUAUUGUGGCGGCGUAGCCUUUGGUUGA